CCCGACCAGUGAAUAUUCUCAUGGUUAGAGCUGUGUGAAUUCCACACGUGAAACAACUCCUCAGGAAACCAGUGUAUAGCACGAGUUUAGAUUGGAAAUUAUAUGAUAACAAUAACCACAGCAAUCAUUCAUAAUCAUCUGGGUAGAUAAACCAGAGGAGCAUGGGAGCGCAAAGUCUCGCCCAGAUCCCUCUGUUGCAGCGCGUGACGCAAGGGGCGCUGAGGAGGCACAGGCAACAACAGCCACAGAACAACGCCGGAUCACAUAACGUGCGAUUCCAAGACGACAGCCAAAGGCAGAGCGGGAAUGGGAGGCCGCUGUACAGGAGAGCAGAUUCCGUCAGGGAGAGAUACGCACAGCUCAAUGACUCGACCCAGGGCUACAAAUACACGGAAAAACUCCUUCAGCUGGUUGGUGAUGAGAAGUAUGCCGAGGUGAAGACCUUCCUGGAGGAGGGGGCGGACGUUAACAUUAAAGACGAAGGGACGGACACAACCGCAUUACACAUAGCGGCUUCGAACGGGUUCACUGGAAUACUCAAGUUGUUGUUGGAUGAGGGAGCAUACGUCAAUGCUCAAGACAACACUGAACAAACGCCUCUGCAUUUUGCUGUGCGGAAGGACCACAUCGACUGCUGCCAGUUACUGCUGGAGCAUCCGAAUAUCGAUGUCAAUCUGUGCAACAAAGAACGUAAUACCAUACUGCACGUAGCUGCCAAGGAGGGCAGAUAUGACAUUUGUAACAUGAUUCUAGAUCAAUCGCAGCUUCGUGUUAAUCUCAAAAACAAGCGAGGCAUGACGGCCUUGCAUCUCGCAGCUCAGGAGAAUCAACCACGGGUGUUGCAGCUCCUUCUGGAAAAGGGGGCUAUAGAUUGGAAAAUCCAGGAUUCUAAUUUCUACUUGGCUCUUCAUUACGCGGCACAGAAAGGGUUUCCCAAAUGUUGUGAAGUAUUGAUGUCUUCAGAUAUUAAAGAUAACAAAGUCAAGCAGCUUUCAACUUGUUUGAAAGAUGGCAAAACAGCUCUUAUGCUAGCUGCAAAAAAUGGGCACCAUAGAUGUUGUGAGAAUCUAACAUUAAACAAUAUCAAUGCGAAGGAUAAGUCUGGCACAACCGCCUUGCAUUAUGCAGCAUAUGGAGGCUACGAAAUCACAGUAUCUGAACUGCUUGCAAUGGGAGCGAACCCGAACACGCAGAACAAGAAAGGCAGCGCCCCAGUCCUUGAUGCCGCGUCGAAGAAGAGACCGGGCUGCCUGAAAGCCCUACUUGCCAAGGAAGCGAAUCUGAGUGUCUUCGAUAAGCAAGGAAAAGGCGUCCUUCACUACGCAGCUGAGAAGAAUGCCGAGGAAUGCUUGGGACUGUUGUUAGAAAUUCCGAGUGUACUGUCAAUCCUGGACCGAAAAGACAAGGACAACUGCACUGCACUCCACUUAGCCAUCAAGCGGGAGGGAGUCGAAUGUGCCCUCUUGCUGCUGGAGAAGGGCUCCUCGGCGACGGAGGAGUGCGUGGGCGGGAAUACCCCCCUUCACCUCGCUGCGGACAAAGGGUAUACGAUCAUAUGUGAGAAACUAUUCGCAAUGCCGGGAGUGCAAGUUAGUAAAGAGAAUGAAAUGAAAGCAACGCCCUUGCAUUUAGCAGCAUUGCACGGAUCGGUAGAUGUUUGCCAGAUGCUGCUACGGAGAGGGGCGCGACAGACGGCGGUCGACGUACACGGACGGACGGCUCUGCACUUGGCGUCCGGGAAGGGAAAUGCCAACGUGGUCAAGUUCCUGUGUCGGAAAGGAGUCCCGAACAAGGCGAAGGAUGACACCGGGUCGAAUGCAUUGCAUCUUGCGGCUGUGUCGUCAGAAGACGCGCUAGAAUGUUGCAAAAUCCUGACAGCCAACGCAAAGGCACUUAACUGGGAUACAGAUCGAGACCAGAAGUUACCUAUCGACAGAGCCUUCGAAAGUGGGCAUGACGAAAUUUUCAAACUUCUACUGAAGAAAUUAGUGUUCAAGGAUAAUCAAGACAGUCGAAUGCUGACUCUGCAUAAGUAUAUGCAUGAAGCAUUACUCACGAACAGACUAAGUAUUGUGGAAGCCAUCAUAGACAGUGAGUGGUGGGAAUCAGGGUUUAUUGGGAAAAAUGGCCACCACUGUGAGAAUUUCCGGAUACUGGUGAUGUUUUACCCGGAGUUAGCCCUGAAAGUUCAAGAAAAGUGUGUUGAGCGCGUUUCAAACUUGGAGACACGAUAUGAUUUCAGGCUGUAUAAUGAUAACUAUUAUAUUCCAGCAGAUACGGAAAAACGUGCAAUCAGCCCCUUCGACCAGGCCACAGGAUCCGUUCUACCGAAGGCACGGCAAUUCACUGACGGUCUGGCAUGGAAGAACUCACAUCCUCUGGCACUCAUGGUCUCCCACCACCGCUACCAGAACCUGUUGCAUCCUCUCUCCAAGGCGUGGAUGUUGCAACAGUGGAGGUCUUAUGCUUACAAGAUCUUCCUACUUCUUCUGACGCAUGAGCUGUUCUUUGUCGGCAGUCUGAUCGGGUUUAUGGCUUGUGUCGACAACUGGAAUCAAAUUGAAUUACGCUGCAACUUCACCAAAGAUGCAUUCAUUAACGCCUCAGAAGAAUAUGACUUUUUGAGUAAUGACACAAAAGCUCAAUUUGAUGAGUGCAAUGCAUCCCUUCACACCAAAUCUGCAUUAUGGAUUGCAUUAAUUCUUGCCAUGUGUUUCAUGUUGAUUUUGGAAUCCAAUUUCUUAUUCAGGCUGAAGAAGGAAUACUUCUUCCUCACAGGAAAUCUGGUGCGAGUCCUUCGUUCAGCUUGCACUCUGGUCACCCUGAUUCCCCAAACACUCUGUCAGUACAAUUACCUUGUGUUAAACAUUCUGCAGUGGCAAUUUGGUGUAGCAGCCCUCCUCCUAGCCUGGCUUCAUCUCAUAAACACACUCAAUGAACUGCCAAUGUUGUCUGUCUUUAUGCCCAUCACAAACAGUUUCAUGAAGAGCUUCUUGAAGGUUCUCUUCUACAUCAUUAUGCUUGUAUUUGUCUUUGCCUUCAUCUUUCAUCUCCUCCUUCAGGAUCAGGAUGCAUUCUUCACUGUGCCACAGGCUAUGGUGAAGACUAUUGUAUGGAUGCUUGGUGACUUGGCAUAUGAUGACACCUUCCUGGAUGAGGAGAAAACUCUCCAUUACCCUGUUAUGGUUAACAUUCUCUUUGUGGUGUUCGUCACUGUCAUUGGCGGUUUCAUUGUCAACUUGAUCAUUACGCAACCUUCCAAUAAACUAGAUGACUUCAGGGAAAAGGCUUCAUUUCAUCUUGCCGCAAACCGAGUUGCUCUCUUCCUCCGUUUGGAUAUCUGCUUCCCCUUCUUCAAGAAAAUGAGGAUGACCCAGUUCUUCGUAGACGAUAUAAAGGACAAGCACCAUAAUUUUUUGACGAGGAAGCUCCUCAUGCUCGACACAAAGGAGGAAGCACCUGAAGCACCCACUCCUAUCGAGUUCCAGUUGGAAGAACAAAGUAAACAGAUCACUAUGUUACUGAGCUUGCAAAUGGAACAGAAGGAGGAAAUACAAGAACUGAAACACCAAUUGAAAAUAUUGGUUAAUAAGACUCUGCAGUAAAUUCUGAAUUCUGAUUGUUGAUUCUUUCUUGUUUGAUGCAAAGAUACUUAUUUGAAUGUUGACUCCUUUUUUUGUUUACAUAAGACUGCAGCUGUGCUGUGA